AUGGAAAAAGAGGAAUCUGUGGAUCCUGAGAGGUUGUUGCAGUGUCCCUAUGAUAAAAAUCACAAAAUCAGAUCAUGCAGGUUCCCAUACCAUCUUGUGAAAUGCAAAGAGAAUCAUCCUGACAUUGCUGCCAGAUUGGCUACUAGUCCCUUUAAUGCUCGUCACCUGGUUCCACGAGACCAACUCACUGAACAUAUUGCAACUUGUAUGGACAAAACUUCCCUUGAAGAUGAUAUAGAGUCCUUGGAAGAUCCUAGCCCAAGUUUUGUUUGGGGAUUCACCCAUCACAUCAAUCAUGAUAGUGUAAAUGGCAGUAUCUUCAAUUGCCUACUGGAACAUAUGGAAGGCAGAGAAAACCCUGCUGGCUUAACAGAAAGCAUGCCAAUGAGCAUCAGGGUGUGUGCUGGCCAAUACCAGGAAGAAUUCUAUGUAGAAACCAAAUUUACUGAAUUUAAAAACAAUUGA